CCCACCCACUGGAGGGCAUGGCGCUGCUGCUGCUGAGCCUGGGGCUGGGCCUGGUCUGCGCCCAGGAUUUCAACACCCAGCGCAUCGUGCAGACGAACUAUGACAUUUCCAAGGUCUCUGGGACCUGGUACUCCAUUUCCAUGGCCGCAGACAACAGGAAGCGGAUAGAGGAAGGCGGAGACCUGAGGAUCUUCAUAAAGAGCAUUCAGGUCGUAGAGGAUGGUGGGCUCAAGCUCAGUUUCCACUUUAUGUUGCAUGCAGAGUGCACGGACGUGGCCGUGGUCUGCAGCAAAACAGGCAAGAGCGGGGAAUACACCAUCAACUACCUGGGAGAGAACAGCCUGCGGAUCCUGGAGGCCGACUACCAGCGUUACGUCAUCUUGCACAUGCGGAACUUCAGGAAUGGGACGGCCACGCAAGUGCUGGCGCUCUACGGACGGUUCCCAGAGCUGAAAUACAGCUUCCUGGACAGAUUCAACAAAGCCUGCAAAUCACAUGGACUUGGCCCAGAAAAGAUCAUCCCCUUCAGCAACCAGAAUCCCUGUUACACGAGGUAGAGGCGCCCAUCCAGGCCUUCUGUUCUGGAGCCCAGAGUCUGAAAUCCAGGCGUGAAAAAGGCUGAGCUCCCUCUGGAGGCUCCAACGGAGGGUCCCUCCUGCCUCUCCCAGCUCCCCCGGCCCGUGGCCGCAUCACGCAGUCUCAGCUCCUGGUUGCACUGCUGCUCCUCUGGGUCCGUGUCUCUCUCCUUCGGUUUCUUUUGAGGACAUGUUGUUGGAGUGAGGACCACCAGCCUUCUCCAAGACAACCUCAUCUCAAGAUCCUCACCCUCAUUCCCUCUGCAGAGAGCUCUUCCCUAAACAAGAUCCCGUUCCCAGGUUCUGGACGCUGAGAUCUGAGGGCAGACGUAUUGUUGGGGGGCGGGGGUUGGGCAGGGACUGUCCACCACACACAGGCUCCUUCUCCAGCUGACCUUCCCUCUCAGGAAACAGCCUGGCCCCCGUAAGCUCACCCCCUCCUCAUGCAGGGACUGACCCACCAGAGCAUCUCUUCUGAGAAGCAGGAGCCUGCAGGCCCCUCUGAUGGGGGUCUGUGAAGUUUGGGGGGAGAGGUCCCCAAGGUCGUCAACCAGGCCAUGAGCCUCUCCAUUCCCUUCCGAUACCAGUGACCCCUGCCUUCACCCCAACUCUUGGUGGGUUCACUGGGAGGUCCUGAGCAGCCCACAGUUGCUUCAUGGGUUAAAAGUUGACUGUCCACUGGGCAUCCACCCAAGAGACGUGAGAUCAUGUCCACACCACGACCUCUGGGCAGCUCUGCCCAGCGUCCCCCAACUGUGACAGCCCGGGGCUCCCUGCAGGCCAGCAGCUGAACAAAGUGUGGUCGAGCCACACACCAGACGCCGCACAGAUGAUGGGCCUCCAGGGAUUCGGGCUGAGUGAAAGCAGCCAACCUCCAAGGCUCGGUCUCCCAGUGACAAAACCGCAGCCAUCUCAGGGGGCAGUGGCGGGAGGGGCCCUGGAGAAGGGCAGGGCUCUCAUGGGCCGGAGGCUCUGGGCAGCGGCGGACAUGGGUGCCCAGCAGGAAGGACAGAGAAUCUGCAACGGUGGGGGGUACCCACUGCAGCAUGGGUGAGGGUGGCAUGCUGCCCCACGGCCCUGCAGGAAGUCGGCAUCAGGAGAGUGGACGAGGGGGACCGGGAGCUCUCUGCAUUCAUUCUCACACCUGC